AUGACAACCUAUCAACACCACAACAUACGAUCUCAACACCAUCUUAGAUUCAAAGUCGCCUCCACAAAACCGUCACCAAACAAAACCAUCACCACCACCACACAGAACACCAUCACCACCACCAUUGUAGGUUCACAGUCACCUACACAAAACCCCACUCAAACCGUCAAAUCCACCAUACAAACACCAUCACCACCACAGGUCGCCCACAACACUCUUACCACACAAACACCACCACCACCACAGCACGGCCCACAGCACUGUCACCACCACAGCGCCGCCCAAGGCACCGUCACCACACAAACACCACCACAACCACAGCAGCCACCACAAAAUCGUCACCACACAAACACCACCACCAUAGCGUCGCCCACAGCAUCGUCACCACACAAACACCACCACAGCAUCGGCGUCUUCACAGAACCUAACAGUGCCGCCCAUACCACUACAGCUGCGUCACCAACACCAGCAUCUUCCUGCAGCCACAGCAAAAGUGCGACACCAACUCCGCCCAUUCUUCACAGAUGA